UUAAAUCUUUUUCCAAAAGCCAAAAUAGCUUCCUUCAAAUCCUCUUUUAAUCUGAACUUCUUGCCAGUGUAAAGUCAUCAUGUAAUGACAAAAAUGAAAAAGAAAGGGAGAUAAUUUCUUUAGCUUUUAUCGUUGUAAAAUAUCUUAUAAAUACUCCUCGAUUUUCUUUGAGUAAACGACAAAGUCUUUGCUUAUAACUUUACCUUACUUUUACUUUUGAGUAUCAUUCCCGAAACAUAUUUGUUACUAUCUUAUUUCCUUAAAGGGCUCUUGAAUCAUGAUACCUUUGUUGUUGAAUAUUGAACAUGAUCCUUUUGAGUCGAAUUCUAUGUUAUAUAUCCUUAUUCAAAAGUUGGACAACUAUAAAUCAAGCACUGACGUUGCAUUUUGACAGUUCUACAACUAUUUCUAUUCCGUACACUAAAUAUUCACCUUUUCUCUGUAACAGAAACAUAGAAUGGAUGCUUAAGAUGCUAUCAAUGUGUAAGUUAUAUUUCGUUAAUAUCGUCUAGAAGCGUUAGUUUCAAGCUAGAACUCUCAAGUAUAGGGAGCAGAAAACACAAAAGAAACAAAAGACUGGUACAUGAUGUGUAGAUUUAAAAGGACUAAUUCAUUUUGUAGUAGAAACA